ACUCAAAUCCGAGGGAGAGGAGCUAGCCGCCAUUUUCUAAGCGUCUCUCCCUAAAACGAGAGAAAAAGCCUCGCGUCAAACUGCCAUCCGGAUUACCUCUCGCUUACUGGGAAUCGGAGUUUCUGCCGCAGGAUUGCCGUGAAAUCGCCUACGUUUGAACUAAUUCGGGGUAGAAAGGACUGUUUCACGGCCUUGUCUUAUAUUCGCUGUAGCGGCGAGGCGAGCUAGCCGCCGAGCAAGGUGUAGAUCGUUGAUUCGCCCAUUGCUGAAUCCGGAACGAAGCCGAGCGGCGCCGCGAACCGGGCCCCUUUCCGCACCCUUGGCUGCAAUUUUUCUUCCCCCUCCUCCGGACUAAUUAAUGGCAGAGUGAUCGAGUCGAAGCUCGCUUUUUUUUUUUUUUUUUUCUUUUUUUUUUCCUUUUGGUGCCAGCACCCGUUGGUUUUUUUCCACUAAAACUGCAGGGGAUUGUUGCCGAAAUUCCCUCGGAUAGUGCAACCUCGUCACGUGGCUGUCCUCAGGUGGGGCAGUAAGCGGGUGGUGUGGAGCAGGCCGCGGUGCCCGUCCCUCUGCACUGCAUGGCUGCGAUGGCGCCCGCUCUCACCGACGCCCCAGCCGAAGCUCACCACAUCCGCUUCAAACUGGCUGCCCCAUCCUCAAGUCUCUCACCAGCCAGUGCAGAGAACAACGGUAACGCCAGCAACAUCCUCAUCCAUAGCAGCGGCCCUGCUAAGUGCAAGGCCACCUCCGAAGAGUGCCCUCUUGACUUCUGCGGCGGCGACCAGGAACAGCAGCAGCAGCAGCCCCAAGCCGACUCCGUGUCCCAGGCUUCGGCCCUGGGCAAACUCCAGCCACUGGUGGCUUCUUAUCUAUGCUCUGAUGUGACACCUGUUCCUUCUACUAAGGAGUCAAUCAAGCUGCAAGGAGUCCUCAUCAAACAGUCUGUGUUGAAAAGCCACAGAAUACUGCCCAGCUCCCUGCUCAACGGCGGAGGAGACUUCCUCUUGAGGAAGAGGCAGGCGAUUGAACUCUCUGGCGGCCAGCUCAAAAGCCUCAUGAGUGGCAGCACCAACGGAAGUGGCCAGCCCAUGGCACCUGUCAACGGCCUGGCCAAGAAGCUGGCCACUAUGUCUGGCUCUGGCUGUGUGGUCGCAGUGAAUGGUGACAAGCCUUCUGCCGCCACUGACUCUCAGUCCCAGAACCUACCCUUGGACUCUGAGACCUUGACAGCGACCUUAUCAGGGCAUAUCUCGGUGAAAGGAACCCUUAAACAGAAGCAUUCCUCUGGGGUUUCUCAAAAUACAGAUGGAAAAAACCUCGAACCACCAGUGCUCCAGUCUGUUGCACUUUCCCCCUUUACCCACGACAACCCUAACCCCACCGAACAAGUGAGUUUGGACGAGGCUGAUUCACACACGCCUACUAGUCAGCCACAGGGUUCUGAUAGGGAGAGACCAGGUAGCAGCCAGCAGGGCUCCCCGCCCUGCACACCUGCACCACAGCCUCCUCUACCCUGUAGUUCUUCCUCGGACAGCCUUGAUGCUCACGUUAGAGAGCGCACCCUCCUCAACAGCAGCCGCCAAGCUGAGAUCGAAAACCGGCUACGGCGCCUGCGCAAACGUCUUCAGGUGGUACAGGCUAAGCAGGUGGAGCGGCACAUCCAGCAACAGCUGGGUGGCUUCUUGGACUCGGCUCUCAGCAGGCUACUAGCAAGUAACCGCAAAUCAGAGGCGGCGACCCCAACAGCUACUUGGAGGACUGGACGUCACUCAUCGUCAAACAACAGAGAUGGCCUGAGUCGCUUCCUGAAAAGCGGCUCCAUGCCCUUGGAACUGGAGAGGUUGUAUUUGAGUGGAUCGGCCAACCUUCAUUCUGCAGAAAGCGCCUUUGACUCAGAUGUAACAGAAAGUAGCUCUGGAGGGGACUCUGACCUGGAGGAGGAGGAGCUGUCCAGAGUGGACAUUGAGCAGCGACAUGUCAAAAUAUGGAAGCGGGCAGAGAGCCGCUACACCGUGGAGAGAGCUGCUAUAAUCAGCCACUGGAACUGGCUCCAGGCCCACAUCUCGGACCUGGAGUACCGCAUCCGACAGCAGACCGACAUCUACAGACAGAUCCGCGCCAGCAAGGGCUCCGUAGAGUUGGGAGGUGUUGCCCCCAGUGCUGUGCUCGCAGGUGGGACAGAGGUGAAGACAGAGCCUGUAAAUACUCAGGAUGUUGGUUCAGAACGGCUGGAGCACACAGGCACCGCCCACAUCGCCAACACAGAGCCGGGCCCUUGGAAAGGUCAAAACGGGCAGCCAGUUAACGGCGUCCUCAGCAGGAUGGCGGAGAGUGCAGACACCAAGCACCAGCAGCCGUUGGCCUACGACAGCACAUGCGUGGCCGCUCGCACGCGACCGCUCGUCAGCUGCCGACGACGGCGGCUCAUCCAGCCCAACACUGUGCCCAACCUGAACGGCAAGGCCCAGAGGAGCAGCUGCCUCCAGUGUAGCUGCAGAGUCAACCCCAGCUGUGUGAUGUGUGGUGGCUGGCCCACCCCCAGAGAGGACCCUCAGUACGAGCAGCCCACCCUGGAGCGCCUGUCAAGGCUGGAUCUUGGCGUCCACCCCAUCCUCUCCUUCCCUGACGACGUUUGUAUAGGUCUACGUCUGCAGCAGGUAAUGAAGAGCCAGUGGCAGACCAAGUCGCUGGAGAGGAGCAAACCACUGAAGAAGCUCUCGCUCAAACACAAGCUGUCCUCGUCCAAAGAGAAGCACAAGUUCACCAACUCACUUAUGGCAGUCAGACUGGGCCACUAUAAGAACCGCGCUGAGAAGCCGAGGACAGUGGACAGCAGCGUGGGCAGCAGCAGCAGCGGCGGUGGUGGUGGCGGCGGCGUUGGCGGCAGCAGUGCAGUGCUGAACACCGCCAGGCUCGAAGGCCAGGCGGUGUGUAAGACGGAGCGGCUGCAGACCCUCUCCUCGCCUCUAGGGCCCUACGACAAGAACUACAGCCGCAAGAGAUUAAGAGAGCACUCGCUGGACAGGGCUGACUCCUCCCCGAAACUGUUCCUGGACUCGAGCAGCUCCUGCCCGACUCUGGCCAACAUGCACUCGUCCCUUCACAGCCCCCUGACUCGCCAGCUGUCCACGUCCUCAGAGAACUCCACGCCGCUGGGCGCCAGCAGCCAGAGCGUCCCCAGCACACCUCAGCAGCCAAUCAAGAGGAGGCGAGGCGAGAGCUCCUUCGACAUCAACAACAUCGUGAUCCCCAUGUCUGUGGCCGCCACCACCAGAGUGGAGAAGCUGCAGUACAAGGAGAUCCUCACACCCAGUUGGCGAUCGGUGGACAUCCUCUCACAGGCCAUAACUGAAGAGGAGAACGAACGGGAGCUGGAGGAUCUGUCGGACGCAGCCUUCAUCCAGCUCCAUCAGCCCUACGAGGACCAGGAGCGAGCUCGCUGGACCUGGAUGGCUCUGGCUCCUGCUAAGAGGAGAGGCAGCAGGUCGUACAAGUCGGUGGACGGCCGGACCACGCCGCUGCUGUGCGGGACUAACCCCCCGACCCCCCAGCCGGCGUCCCCGGACCCCGGACACUGUCCCAUGCUGCACGACUACAGCCACGUGCCGUCCCCCAUGAGCCCGGCCAGCCCCGACACCGCCUCCAACCCCCACACGCCCUGCUCCAGGGACUCCCACCGGCUGCUGUCCAGCGAGGACACGCGCUGCUCGACGCCGGACUUCACCUUCGAAGAGCGAACGGUGGCGCCGUGGGAGAGUCGCAGCUUCCCCCUGCCAGAAGACCCGGCCCCGGAGCCCGAGGCCGAGAGCGACCACCACAUCAGGCCCCGAAUGCGCAGCAUCUCAGGUUGCCGAGCAACGGCCUACGGACGUCUGGAUUCGGACGACACGGAGCUGCCUUGCGACGACGACAGCAGCAGCGGUGGCGGCGGCGGCGGCGGCGGCGGCGGCACCGGCCCGAAACAGAAGGCCUCCUCCACCCACCGAUGAAUGACGGACAGGCGGAGGCCGGCCGGCUCCCCCCGACACCAACAGCUCCUCUCUGGCAUUAACAAGCAGAACCUCAGAGCAGAAUAAGAUAUUAAAUGGGUUCCUGUUGUUUGAUAUUCAAACAUCAGUCUAAUACUUUUCACAGUUUUUAGUGAACAUUAUGGAGAUAGAAGCCUUUCCCUACACUUGUUUUUGUCACAGGAAAAAAAAACCGACAAAAAAAAGAUAAAUGUUUAAAAAAAAAAAACAAAAAAAAAAAAAGUAUAAAACAACACGUUACAAAAAAUGAUUUCUGUAGUAGGCUAAACAAUGUACAUGGGGGCUUAGUGGUGUUUCAUAUGUCGCGUGUACACUUGUAGCGCACUAUGUAGCGGACUCCUCAAAAUAUGGCCAAAGGGUGUUUUCUAUUGACUAGUUUGCUUGUAAUUCCCAUGUACAUUUUUAGUGGAGUGACAAAUAACAAAACAAGAAAAAAUACCCCCCUCCCCUCCUCCUCCUCACCC